AUGGGGCCCCCGGGCAAUAAGGGAUCAUGGAGCCCCUGUGUCCUUGCCCAAACUCAAAAAAGCCUCUAGAACUGACAUUCAGGUUUGUGUCAACUGACCUUUUUGAUACAAUAUAGUCUAUGCAAUGUGAACAUUUUGGAGAAUCUAGCUUGGAGGUACAUAUGACCAGGGCUGGACUGACAACUCAUGGGGCCCCCCGGGCAAUAGGAGAUCAUGGGGCCCCUGUGUCCUUGCCCAAACUCAAAAAAGCCUAUGAAAAAGGUACCAGGGGCAUCUCACGGGGCCCCCUACUGACCCCAGGCCCUCGGGCAGUGCCUGAGUUUCCAAAUGGUCAGUCCACCCCU